AUGGCUCAGACAAAGACUGUGGGCGCUGAAGCGGUGCCAACCGUCAGCCACCAUAAUGACAACAAUCCUGGUGAGGCCAUUACGGCUAUGCAGAACGAGCGUCAGAUGAGUGUGAGAGAUUCCUUUCGCUUCUGGCCGAAAGCGAUUCUCUUUUCGUUCAUCAUCUCUCUGGCAAUCAUCAUGGAGGGCUAUGAUACCAAUCUCAUGAGCAACUUCUAUGCUUUUCCAGCCUUCAUGAAGCGAUAUGGUGACCAAGUCGAUGCCAAUGGUGACCCUCUGGUCUCGGCUCGCUGGCAAACCAUCAUCAACAAUGGCACUCAGGCUGGCUCAAUCCUUGGUCUCAUCCUCAAUGGCAUCAUCACCGAGUGGAUUGGCUACAAGAAAACUAUGAUUGUUGCGAUGGUUGCCAUGAUCGGGGCUGUCUUCAUUCCCUUCUUCUCAAACGGUCUUCCAAUGUUCUUGGCCGGAGCCUUGAUUCAGGGCAUCCCGUGGGGUAUCUUCCAGACUCUCGCCGUUACCUAUGCGGCCGAUAUCUGUCCCAUGUCCCUCAGAGCAUUUGCCAUCCAAUGGGUUUGGCCCGUUCCCAUCAUUAUCGGCACGCUCUUCGCCCCCGAAAGCCCUUGGUGGCUCGUUCGCCAAAACCGCCUCGAAGACGCACGCGAAGCAGUCCGCAAGCUGACCUCGCCAAAGAGUGAUAUCGACUUUGACCUGGACGCCCACAUCGAGAUGAUGCGUGUGACGAACCAGUUCGAGAUCGAAGUCAGUUCGGGCGCUCACUACUGGGACUGCUUCCGUGGCGUCGACCUUCGCCGCACUGAGAUCGCGUGCAUGGUCUGGCUGACGCAGUCCUUCUGCGGUGUGCCGUUCAUGGGCUACGGCACGCAGUUUAUGAUCAACGCUGGUCUCAGCUCGGAGAAUGGAUUCACGAUGAGUUUGGUGCAGAACUGCAUCGGUCUUAUUGGCUGUAUCAUUGCUUGGUACAUCAUGACUCACAUCGGCCGCCGCACUCUGUAUCUGGCUGGUCUGUCGGCCAUGUUUGUGAUUCUUGUCGUUAUCGGCGGCAUUGGUAUUCCACAGGACGCUGCUGGGUUGCCAGCACGGUCAUGGGCCGUGGGAGCCCUCAUCAUCGUGAUGCUCUUUUCCUUCCAGCUCAGCGUCGGUCCCUCGUGCUACACCUUGGUCGCGGAGAUGCCGUCUACUCGUCUCCGUGUCAAGACGGUCGCCCUGUCUCGCGCCUUUUACAACUGCGGAGGCUUCAUCGUCAACGCGCUACAGCCAAAGAUUGUGGGCAAGAAUGACUGGAACUGGGGAGCGAGAGGCGGCUUCUUCUGGGCUGGCAUCACUGUGCUCUUCCUUACGUGGACCUUUUUCCGUCUUCCGGAGCCCUUUGGUCUCACGUACUCUGAGAUUGACUUGCUCUUCGAGCACCGUGUUGGCGCUCGUCACUUCUCGCAGGAGGCGGCUGACUCUCUACGCCCGCAGCUGGAAGAGGUCGCCAACCGUCAUGAGAAACUGGCUGCUACGGUGAGCCAUAAGGAGGCAUAG